AUGUCCAACUUGGUUAUUCAGGGAGCAUCAGUUCCAGUAAAGUCGGAUCAGAAAAAAACUUCCAGGGAAGGAGAAACAAAGAAAAUACCUGCAGUGAGAAGUAAGAGACACACAAACCGUGUUGAUAAAGAAGAGUCUGGCAAAAUACUGAAAAAUGAAGCUGGGGUUUCACUCCACGAAACAGCUAAUCCAGUAGAAGAAAUCUCUCCAACAGAAAAAGGAAAUUUAAAAAGUAUAUUAAGCGGAAGACUAGACAACCUACCAACCUUACCAAGUUCCAUCGUUCGAAUAUUUCUAAGUUCGACAUUUAAAGCGAAGAACUGUAACUUCCAACAGGCUUUAUAUCCAGACCAAAAGCUUAGAGAACUGGACGGGUUUAUUGGUAGUCGAUACGGUUAUCGACCAUUACCUUACACUAUUGAGGAACAGCAUUUUGAUCACAUUUUACAAGAAGCUAAUGCGAUCGAUUCCGAUAAUAUUGAUUUACUGAAUAAGUGGUACAUCAAAGAUACUAAUGCAGUUCCUCCGGUUUACGUCCUUCAGCCAAUUCGUAGUGUGUUCCAACAUUAUAUGUCGCGUGAUCCAAAUAUGGCAGAGCAACAAGCAAAAGAUACGCAAGGCUGGAAAGAAUGUGAGCGCUCUCUCUUGGAUCUGAUACGAAGGGCUUCCGACGCGGCUUAUCAGAACAGCCUUCUCACGCAAGAACAAAAGCACGACUUUUUUGCAUCAGUGACUGAAUCCGAGAUAAUAAAAGGUAUUUUUCAAGUUGAAAACCCAUCGGCGAAAACCUUAGUAUACUUGAGAAAAUUUACUGACUUUCCUGAGUCUCUGGAUGGUGAUGAUAUCGGUGGGGAGAUCGGCCAAGAAGGAAACAUGGUGGAUGACAGUCCGACCAUCUAUGUAGACGUUGUUGAAAUUAAUAAGAAGAAACAAGUCGAUGAAGAAGCUAGAGAAUUGCUGGAGAACUGUAUAGCAAGAUUAGAAUCUGAAAAGAUGAUCACAAAUGCUUUUGAUGUCAUUUGGUUGCCGGGAGGAAUAGAUCUUGGAGAAUAUCAUGAACCUCACCAAGAAUAUAUCAGCGAAUUCUGUGAGGCUUUUAAAUCUGACAUGAUUAAUCUCAUUCAGCGAGCAUUGGACGAUCAAAAUAGAAUAUCUGAAGACUAUCUAUCCUAUUAUGAAAUUUUACAUCAUUUACACUUUUGUGUUCAGAAAUGUGCGCUUUUCUGCGGCCAACAAGACACACUCGAGAAAAUACAACAAAUUACAAAAGAAAACAAUUCAAGGAAACCAAUUGUCAUCCACGCUCCUUCGGGAGUUGGUAAAACAUCUUUGUUAGCUAUGAUUAUGAAACAGCUACCUUCUUGGUUUUCUGAUAAUUAUUUGGCUGUCAUACGAUUCUUAGGAACCACUCCAGAAACCUGCAAUAUCUACAACGUGCUCCUUAGUGUAAUGAAACAAUUAUCUUCUACGGCUGGAAUGAUUUUAGAGCCGAUGGGUUACGCAGACAUGAACCGCCUUGAAAAGUACUUCCCGAGAUUUCUACGUCAAUUUGGUCAAAGUAUAAAAAAACCAGUCUUUAUUUUACUCGAUUCCUUAGAUCAAUUGUCUGAAGAUGAUGAUGCUUUCUCCAUGACCUGGCUUCCAGAUUUUCUGCCGACCAACGUUCGCGUCAUUGUGUCAACCUUACCUCAGACUAAGAUAAUGAAAAACCUUGUAAAUCGAUUGCAGCGAGAUGAUUGUUUUAUUGAAGUUCCUUUAAUGUCAGAAACAAUCGGAGAAGAAGUCCUGAGAAAAUUCUUAAAUAUGAAAAAGCGAACGAUCACAGAUUCUCAGAAAGAACAGCUUUUAGCAAAGUUUUCAAAAGUGUCAAGUCCGCUUUAUCUCAAACUUCUUCUACAUGAUGCAAGUCAAUGGCUGUCAUAUCAAGAUAUUGAUUUUGAACAAUUACCAGAUUCUGUUAACUCAGCCAUAGAACAGCAUUUUGAAAAUUUGGAACGUAAAUUUGGAAAAACCUUAGUACAGUUUGCACUUGGUUAUUUAACAAUUAGUUUAAAUGGCCUCACAGAACUUGAGCUCAUUGAUGCGUUGUCGUGCAAUAACGAAGUUUUAAAUGCUAUAUUUGAAAUGAAUGAUCCUCCCUCGAGAAAAAUAAUUAAUUUACCUCCUUUUCUUUGGGCUCGUGUUUAUCAUGAUAUAAGAGAUUACUUAACUGACCGCUUUUCACAUGGAAAAUCUACAUUCUUCUGGUAUCAUCGACAAUUUAUUGAAGCAGCAACAAGAAGGUACACACAAAACGAAGAAAACCUCCACGCAGACCUUGCAGAAAUAUUUGCAUGUGAAUCAAAUAUAAAGAAAGACUUGAUACUUCAGCAACGAAAUUGGGUUAUAUAUGAUGCUGACCGCAAUAUAACUCCACAAAUACUUAAUUUUGAGAACAAAAGAAAACUUGAAUGCAUUACUUAUCACAUUUGCCGUGCUGGAGAUUUUAUCAAUACUAAAGACGUUAAGGAAAACGUCUUCUGCAACAUCCAUUUUCUUUUUACAAAGAUAUCUGUUUUUUCACAGGACCACAUCAUACAAGAAAUAAAGGAUUUCCUUACUAAGAGACCUGAUAGGGACAUUCAAGUUAUUCUUGAACUUUUACAAGAUAUAAACGAAGAAAUUCAAUCACUGGAGCAAUUAUCUUUCUUAAUUUUAGCUAAUUUACCCAAAACAAACAAUGGUUCAAGUUUGACACGUCUCAUAGAAAAAUCCGAACAAAUUUUGUAUUCAUCAAAUAGAAAAAUGUUGAUACCAACUUGUAAUUGCUUAAAAAAUCGUAAUAACGAGUCUAUCACAGACUCAGAAUUAGUUUUUACAUUCCCAAACUACUCUAGUAUAAUUGAAAAUAAAGACGGAAUAAUUCUUCUGGAAAAAAGAGCGUCAGAAAAAAUGUCGCCGUUUGCUGUGAUUCUGACAAAUGGAUGCAUAGAACUGACUCGUCUUAACCAUGGACAGAUUCGGUCAUUUAUUCCAACCACUGAUGGAGACAAAGUAUAUCUAUUAGCAACAGAAAGGAUGGGAUCUUUAAACAGUAAUACCAUGAAAAUUCGAUGGCAGAAUGAUGAUAUAUUGAAGAAUUACGGCACGCCUUACCUCUGUUCUUGGACAAAAGAUGGAUCUUAUUUAGCUAUAGCCUUUGAUUCGGAUCAAAUAGCUUUAUUUUAUGUGCGAGAAAACAAGUUACGUAUGAGCACUGCUUUUAACGUUAAAGAAGGCCUUGUGUUCAAUAACUUACGUUUAGUUUACUAUGCGGAAGCUCUGAGUGUGUUUGCCUCAUCAACAAAUGGAGAACUGGUUGAAUAUUCCAAGCUUGACAAUAAUAAUCCUUCAACUAAGCAAAAGCAACUCUUUUCGACAAUUUCCAGUUUACAGAUGUCUAAUAAUGAUGAGCUAAUAAUACUGAAAAUCAGCGACGAACAAACUGUUCUGUGCUCCCUUCUAACAGAAACGUUUCAGGAGACAGGAAAAUACAAAUUCGACGGUGAAUCAACAGACUUUGAAAUUUGCUCUUCAUCAGCUCUCCUGGCAGUUCUCAAAGACAAAAAUAAAAUUAGCAUAUUGGACGCUUUUAACUACUUGGAAAGUCAGAUUAUAAAAGUUCCAUGUCCCACAAUUACUUGCUUUGCUAUGAAAUGGUCGAAGCAUCAAGUACUGGCAUCUUACAUGGACACUUUGAUUAUAUUUGAUUACAGCAACGAAAUCAUUCUUUUCCAAUUAGAAAGCCAUUCUGACCCGAUAAAAUGUUUAGCCUUGUCAGAUAACUUUGUGGUCACAAUAGAUACAAACUUCAUCCUCAAGCUGUGGGAUUUCACCAAAGUAAAUAGUUCCGAUAAAACGCCAUAUGCAAAUCGCUGUGUCACUGAAGAAGAGGAUGUUAUUAGUUUUACAAUGAAUCAGAAAGCAGCAACAAUAGUAACUGGUUCGCAACAUAAUCAGAUAAACGAGUGGGACUCAAAAGGGUUUCUUUUAAAGAGCUUCAAAAUUAAUCUACGACCGCAAGAAAUGCACUUGAUCAACGACAAAUAUCUCCUUGCAUACGAGAAAUCCAAAGGCAAGUUGGAAAUAUACGACUUUGAGACAACAGAAAUUCACCUUGCAUUCAAAGACAUGUAUAUCUUGGCUAUAACAACAUAUCAGUCAUUUGAAGAGAUAUUACUAUAUACUGUCAACGAUCACAAAAACUAUCUUACCGUCGCAGUCAGUGAUAUCAGUAAGAAAAAAUUUAUGAUGGAAAUACCUAUCUUAAAAGAUUUUGAAUUUACCAGUCUUGAAGUGUCGCUUACACCUCUCGGUUCGUACAUUCUUUUUAAGUGUGGUGUUACUGAUUCCGAUUAUAAGGACAUAGAACAAGAAUGGAAAACAAAAGGUGGCUUCUCUCCUCAACCAUACCCGUACAGAUUUGCUGCACUAAAGCUUGACAGCGGAAAUGGUAUCCUAAAACAAUGCUUUCGACAGUUAACAGACAUCCCUACAUUGGGCCGCACAGCAUCACCUCUCCAAGGUAACCAAAUCAUGAUAGUUUCAGGUCGAGCUGUUGUAAUUUGGGAUAUUUUUAUAGGAAAAUGCGAUGAAGCAAUAGCAAAGAGUGCUUACAGAAAGAGCAAGUUUCGCCGAUACUUGAACUCCGAUGAUCAAAAUUGUGAAGGUUUAUGUUUGGAAAGGUCAAUCAAUUCUAAAUAUGUUACCAUUGGAUAUGCAGAUGGUUUCGUGAUAAUAUACCGCACUGGCAAUGGAAGACCAAUGAUAGAAAAUCUACCAGAAACUAAACAUGAAGCAUCUGUUAAUCAAGUCACAAUUUCACACAAUAAUAAAUGGGUAGCGUCUGCUUGUGCUAAUGGCGUCAUUAAAUUAUGGAAAACGAAAAACAAUUCGGAAUUUUUUUCCAUGCAACUCAGGAGUUCGUGUUGUAGAAUGCAAUUUUCCUUGGAUUUUAAAUAUUUUGUUGUUCUUACAACAACAAAUGAUAUCUGUAUCUUCAAUGUUCAUACAAAAGCUGAAAUCAAGAAUUAAAUUUCUUGAAAAUAUCAAAGGAAUGGCUUUCUCGAUUGUUGGGAUACUAUUAUUGUGAUACUGUGAUCUAAGGGCAAAUAACUCAGUCUAAGCUUAUCAUCGUCGAAGAUAAUUAUUCAACAAGGCUGCCUAGAGCUGGCUGGAGCUGGUUGGAGCUGGCUAAAAGUGACUUUUAUGAAUUGUGUUCUUCGAGAAGCGGAAAGUUUUCAAAAUGUUUCAAGAACUUCUGCCUCUGGUUGCUAUUGUACAAUCCUCCCGAUCUUUAAAAAAGUGAAAACGGUCAAGUCAAUAAACAUCU